CGACUGCACAACUGUUAAAGAUCUUCAGAGUCUCUCAAGCUGAAACUUUUGGGAUCAUUGUCUGUGAGUAUCACCAAUAGUGUAAGCGAUGAAGUACUAUUGUGAACCUUCAAGUUAGUGGCAUUGUCUCAGACAACAGAAUAGAGAGUUUAACCUAUGCUCAGAUGUUCAAACCUCUGAAGAAUGGUUGUCAGCAAUGCUUUGUUUCUAGGCUGUCGAAACAAUAUCAGUCUGUCCACCCACUGCUUUGUUCGCUAUACGUAUGGAGGUCGUAUGCUUGGAGAACUUUUUUUUCACUUCAUCAUCUCCGAGCUCUUGACACAUUCACAAGACAUAACUCAUAAGCUGGAAAAAGAACAUGUUCAGGGCUUUACGACGCUUACAUACUCUUCCGAGGCUCAGAUCACCAGAUGUGUACACCCAGUUAACGCCUGAUCCAAAUGAUUUGAUCAUUGUUGCGAUGUCGUCGGGAGUUGAUUCUUCCGUGGCAGCAGCGAUGUAUUCACGGCAGUUUGUCAAUGUUGAAGGCAUAUUCAUGGCCAAUUGGAACCAGCUUGACUCCGAGCGAUGCUUAGAGGAGGAUUGGAAAGAUGUUCAAAAGGUUUCUGACAAGCUGGAUAUAUCGGUUACACAGGUUUCGUUCGAAAAAGACUACUGGUUGGACGUCUUUGAGCCCAUGAUUGACGGCUACGAACGAGGCAUUACACCGAAUCCAGAUAUCAACUGUAACAGGUAUGUGAAAUUCGGCAGGCUCAUUGACUACGUUUCAAAGAGGUACAGUGGGAAACGUUGGUGGUUAGUAACGGGCCAUUAUUCGAGAAUCAUGCAACAUGAGAAUGGAGAGAUGCAUCUCUUGAGAUCAUACUACAAGAAGAAGGAUCAAAGCUAUUACCUUUCACAGAUUAAUCCCACGGUGAUGAACCGUGUAUUGUUCCCCAUAGGACACUACACCAAACCAGAAGUUCGUCAAAUGGCUCGUGAUUGGGAUUUACCCGUCGCUGAGAAGCCGGACUCCAUUGGGCUAUGCUUUGUCAAUCCAUCACAACACAACUUCCACGAUUUCUUGAAGAGUUUUAUCAAUGAAACACCAGGUAAUAUCGUUACAGAGGAUGGCAAAGUAUGGGGUAAACAUGAUGGUCUGUGGUCCUUCACCAUUGGUCAAAAGUGCGGUAUUUCAAUGCCUCAAGGUGAUCCAAAGUAUAAAGGUACUUGGUUUGUCAGUGAUAAGAACUUUGAAACAAACGAAAUCGUUAUAGUAAAAGGAGGUGAUAAUGCAAAGCUUUACAAGAGUGUGAUAUAUGUCAACGAAUUCCUGCCACUUGGGAGAGUUGACAUCACUCAGAUACCUGUCCAAGAACUAACAGUCCAAUAUAGAUCGUUACAAGACCCCAAUGCGUUGGAUUCAAUACAAAACAAAGACGGGAAAUUCAUAUUUAAAUUGAAGGAGAAGAGAAGAGCUAUUGCUAGAGGUCAGUAUCUCGCCGUUUACCACGGUGAGAGGUGUCUAGGUUCAGGUGUCAUUGAAUUCGUUGAAUAGGACAACAUGUGUUGUAUAUAGGUGGAAAAAAAAGACAUUCAUUAGAAGCAUGGUAGCUAUUAU